AUGUCGGAGGAUAAUAAGGAUAGCAAGAGACGGCUAUCUUUGGAUGGUUCGACACCAAAACCGGACAAAUACCGCGGCAGUGGAAAGGAGAACUGUGUAAAUCUGAUCAAAGAGUUCUGUGAAGCAGAACUGAACAUUGUUGGCAUUAAAGAUAAUAUCGAGCGUGCCCAUAGGAUUGGACGAUUCCAGUACAACAAAACAAGGCCUAUUGUUGUGAAAUUCUCGAACUUCAGGGUCAGGGAAAGUGUCAGGACAUCUGGAUACAAGCUCAAAAACAAGCAGUACAAUAUACGAGAACAAUUUCCUAAAGAAAUCGUCGAGAAACGAAAGGCUUUAAUGCCUAUAUUGAGAAAAGCAUUGGAGGAAAAUAGAAGGGCUGUAUUGAAAUACGACAAACUAUUCAUUGACGGCAAACUAUACAUGGGAGAGACAGGAGACACCAUUAACACAGAGGCUGGCAGAGACGAUCCCGAGGAUGACGAGCCUGCGGACAUACUUACAGAGGACGCUGGAAACGGCAGAGGUGAAGCUUAG